CAAGGAGGCGUAACUGUUUAGAACAAGGAAGUUUAAGUUUCACUUUCGAUUUGAGCGAAUGUACGUCAACAAUUACUCUCUGAUCUAGUUUCGAAUACAACGAAAUGAAAUUGCCUUUUCUUGCCAUUGUUUUGCUACUCCUGGGCAGCGAGGCGUAUGGAAAAGAAUCUCCACCCAAAGUACAGGUGUACAGCCGCAACCCUGGCAGAUUGGGCGAAGCCAACACCCUGAUCUGCCAUGUCAGUGGCUUCCACCCCCCUGACAUCACCAUCACUCUCCUGAAGAACGGCCAGGAGAUUCCGGGUGCCACGCAGACUGACCUGGCCUUUGAGGCAGGCUGGCAGUUCCACCUCACCAAGUAUGUGCCGUUCCAUCCACAGAGGGGAGAGGACUACACUUGCAAAGUCCGGCACAUGAAAGACACAAAAGUCUUCACCUGGGAACCAGACAUGUAAGAUGGCAGACUGCGGAUAAGAAGCAUGCACAUCGCCACACACUGGAUGCAAGUAUGAAGUGGAUCUUAUCACCUGAAAGCCUGAAAAUGCUCCAUUAUGAACUUCCACUGCUUCUGUUAUUUUGGGCUAAUUAUAUUUUUCACCUGCAUUGGAUAUGAUCUUUUCCAUGUGUUUUGCUGACUAGAUGUAAUUGGUAGGGAGAGGAACCUGUAACCUAAUGCAGAGUUUCCCAAACUUUGCCAUCAGGUUCCCGUCAACGCCCCCUGACAUGGGCCAUGCCACACGUUUUUUUUUCUAUGCACCGGCUUUCAUAACUUGGUGGAGUUGGUGCAUUCCUAAUCCCAUUCAAGUAGGCUUACGACAGUACAGGAAACGUAAUACAUAACAAAAACAUUGUAAAAAACAAAAUAACAGUCAACAUAUAUAUCCUACAUCAGCCUAUCCUUUUCAUAUCAUGUCCAAACAGCAGGCAGUCCAUGGUCAUAAUAGGCCAAGGCUGCCACACAGUAGUCUAGGUGUGUGAAGCAGUGAUCCGAUGGGAUACAUUUCCUGCUUGGGAUACAUCGGGUUGUGGUUUGGCAAUGGUGUAUGGCAUAUUUUGAUUAAAAUCACAUGCAGUUGUUUUAAUCUUCAA